AUGGCCUCCGUGGUCGAGAAAGGCGGCCUUCCACCAACAGAUAACGCCACGCAAGUGCUGCCGGAUAACACAGACAUUGAGGAAGCAGCUGCAAACGUUGAUGGCGACACACAAGCCCGUGACCGCCUUGACAAGCUCAAGAAAGACUAUGGCAGCACCUGGAAUGGCCCAAACAAUCCCAACGAUCCCUAUAACUGGUCAUCGUUCCGCAAGAUCGGCAUCGGGGUCAUAUUCUCCUUUUGGCAGCUUGUGACUCUCAUGUCCGCCAGCAUGAUUGCUGCUGCCCUGGGCGAUAUCGAGCGAGAUUUGAACGUCGAUGCGUCGACUGCCCAGAUCAUCUUCUCCACUUACUUUCUCGGCCUGGCCUUUGCCCCGUUCCUCAUCGCAGCCGUUGCCGAGAUGAAUGGGCGCAAGGGCGUCUGGGUGUUUGGAAAUCCUUGGUACAUCCUGUGGAAUGCCCGCUGUCCCGUCGGCAACUCCAAGGGCUUGAUGAUUGUUGGCAGGCUCAUGACAGGAGCGGGAGCAAGCGCAGGCAUAACGUGGCAAUGGAUCUUCUGGAUCAUGUGCAUCUUCAACACCGCAAUCACUCUGCUUGGUGUUGUGUUCAUACGGGAGUCGUACACCCCCGUCCUCCUCCGCCGCAAAGCCCGGGCCCAACACGGCCCCGCCGACACGCCCUGGAACCGGCUGUUCUGGCGAGAUCUCCUCUCGCGGCUGUCCGUCAACUUCCGCCGACCUUACCUCCUCCUGGCCCGGAGACCAGUGAUCCAGGUGAUCGCCUUGAUCAUGGCCCUCAACUUCGGCAUCUACUGCUUCAUGCUCUCAACCUUCGCCACCCUCUGGAUCGACCUGUACGGCCAAUCCACCACGACCAGCAGCCUGAAUUACAUCGUCGGCACGACGGUCUGGGCCCAGGUCGGCGGCCACAUCAUGGACCUCAUCUACCUGCGCCUCCGCGACCGCGCCGGCGGCACCGGCGGGCGGCCCGAGUUCCGCGUCCCCUGGAUGGCACCCGGCGUGGCCAUGCUGGCGGCGGGGCUGUUCUGGUACGGCUGGUCGGCGGAGCAACUGGCGGCGUGGGCCUCCGUCGACGCGGGCGCGGCCGUGUUCGCGUGCGGCAGCUUCGUCGUCGGCCAGGCCCUGCUGGCGUACCAGCUGGACGAGUUCACCGGGCACGGCGCCUCGGCCAACGCCGCGUCGCGCGUCCUGUCCAACCUGCUCGGCUUCGCGUUCCCCGUCUUCGCGCCCGCGCUGUACGGCCGCCUGGGCUACGGGUGGGGGAAUAGCCUGCUGGGGUUCGUCUGGGUCGCGCUGGUGGGGCCGGCGCCCGUGCUGCUGUGGUUCUGGGGUGGCAGGUUGAGGGCGCUGGGCCGGAAGCCUGGCGAAGGGGCCGGUGGUGCGUAG